AUUUUCGGCAUCAGUGGUGCGUCAACCGCGUCGAACGCUUUUACCGUGGGAAACUGUGUCAGCAGGCCGAGUUUUCAGCGCGAUAUCGAAGUUUCCCGUGAAGUGUGAAAAGUUAUCCGGUGUGGUUGGACCAACGCUGACAGUCGGAAAGGGUUUUGAGCGCCGUCGGGGAUAUAUUGAUAGAACAGUCGUCUCCGCCACUCAUAUCAAGAAAUGCUAGACCCGAAAGCUGCAAUAUAGGAGACAAUGGACCCCGGAAUGGGCCACGUUCGAUGGAGCGUCGAAAUGCCCAACCAUUCAGCUUUAUAAACUCAAGUGUGCGGCGAAAAUGAGAAUAAACAUCUGGAUUCGAAGUGUGCUUGGAUUUACGGUUAUAGUGAAAUGUAUUCCAGCCGCGUCUUUGGUGUCGAAGCCACCGGAGGAGAAGGUGCACGAUCAAGAGUACUGGUACGAGCAAGCCCGCAUUGCUCUAAGAAAAAGACUGCAGUACGCGACAGAUUUGAGGCCACAUGCGAAAAACGUCCUGUUCUUCGUAGGAGACGGUAUGGGGGUUGCCACAGCUACCGCUGCACGCAUUCUACGUGGUCAGAGGAUGGGGAAGAAAGGAGAGGAUCAUGACCUGGCCUGGGACACAUUUCCGGCAGUGGCGUUCGCUAAGACGUUCAACAUGGACGCCCAAAUAGGAGAAUCAUCGGCGUGCGCCACUGCGCUCAUGUGCGGCGUCAAGACCAACUUCGAGACCGUUGGAUUGGACGCCAGAGGGCGCUUCGAGAACUGCUUCUCCAGUUUUUCGUCGAGGGUCUCGUCGUUGAUUGACUGGGCUCAGGAGUCAGGUAAAUCGACGGGGAUCGUGACGAACACCAGGAUAACGCACGCCACACCGGCAGCCCUCUACGGCCAUUCCCCCUCUCGGUACUGGGAGGACGAUUCCAAGGUGCCCCCCGCGUCCCGCAAGUCCUGCAAGGACCUGGCCCGCCAACUCAUCGAAAACGACCCAGGUCGUAACAUAAACGUCCUGCUAGGCGGCGGCCGACGUCACUGGCUGCCAAAAGUGGCGCACGACCCCGAGCAGACAAAGGAGGAGGGACGGCGCCUCGACGGACGUAAUCUCAUCGACGACUGGGUCAGAGAUAAGAAGAAGCGCGGCCUGAAGUCGGAGUACGUGUGGAACAAAGGCCAACUGGAUAAAAUUAACCCCAAUCAAAUCGACUACUUGCUGGGUUUAUUCUCCUACUCCCACAUGGACUUCGAGGCCGACCGGGAUCCUGGACCUUCGGGAGACCCCUCCCUGGCCGACAUGACGCGCUCGGCCCUCUCCAUCCUGCUGAAGAACCCCAAAGGAUUUUUUCUCUUCGUCGAAGGUGGCAGAAUAGAUCACGCCCACCAUUACAACAAUGCUUACCGAGCCUUGGACGAGACAUUGGCUAUGGAAACAGCUCUUUUGGCGGCGCUAGCCCUUGUCAAUCCUACAGAAACUUUAAUAGUGGUUACUUCGGACCAUUCGCACGUGCUGACAAUGGGAGGUCAGGCCACUCCUAGAGGACAUCCUAUCUUGGGACCGGACAGCAAAGUUUCCGACAUCGACGGCCAACCAUACACAACAAUACUCUACGGAAACGGUCCAGGAUUCGCCAUACCCAGGAUAGUACCAAUGAACACAACCACCGCCACAGAAGACAAGAACCAAGUGCAUGGAUCCGCCGUGCCCCGCCAGUGGGGCACCCACGGAGGGGAAGACGUGCCCGUCUACGCCCUUGGACCCCUAGCAACCAUCCUCUUCACCGGAACCUUCGACCAGAGCUACAUACCCCACGCCAUAGCCUACAGCGCAUGCCUAGGCGAGCACCGACUACGGUGUCAAGGUCUGGACAACUACACGGCUCCCCAAGUGCCCACCUGCGUGGGUCCAGGGAUGUCCGGAGUGCCUGGAACCAGUGGCGGAGGCGCGACAGGCAGUGGCGCACCUGUGGUGGUCGCCAGCAGUGUCAAAGCCGACGACAGCGGGACGCGGACGAAGUCAGGGGUGUCAGUGACGUCCCAGAUGGUGUUUUACCUCCUCUGGCUGUCGACAGGUUUGAAAUUCGCCGUGACGUAAUGAUUUGGCGUAUGUUGUGAGCGUCCCCGAAGUCGGGAUUUAUUGUGGGAUGAAGGAUGUCGUAUAGUAACUGGUAGGAUGAUUUAUUUUUGUGUUUCGUUGUUGGCUGCCCUGCGGCUGUUUCGGAAUGUUGGUCGGGGUUGGUUUGAAGGUUGUGGGGAUAUCAGGGUAGGAUUUGGGUCAAAUUUAGGGACUGUAAGGUUCGAAACUGCGAAGAUUGAAUGAAACCAGUUCCUAAUGGGAUUUUAAGGAGCCUACUAGCUUUUGUUUUCAUC